AACCCAUCGUCACUUCACCCUCCAAUCCGUGAAUUGCAAGAUGAAGCUCCCUCAAACCCAUCCACAUUCUCCAAUCCCCUCCGAAAAGACCACGCCACUAAAUCACAACGAAACGGCCAUCAGAAACCUCCAACUCAAAAACCCAUCUCUAAGAUUUAUCCGCUUCCAAUGGCAAGACUACUCCGGAGCCCUACGAGGCCGCAUCCUCCCCAUCCACCACUGCCUCCGACUAGCAAAGGAGAACAAGCCCAUCGAAGUCCCACCCACCGCAUUCGAAUGUAUUUUCGACAAUAUGCCUCUUCCUGACCUCAAUCCGACAGGAACAGACUCCCUUCUUCCAGACUGGGGAAGCGCGCGUACUAGUUCGCAGAGCGUUGUCUCGGAGGAAUCAUAUGCUACUGUGAUGUGUGAGGUGAUGCGGAGUAAGCCUGCGAGUCCAGUUUCUGAACUUGAUUUGUGUCCGCGGCGGGCGCUGGCGAAGGUGGUGCAUAAGGCCAUUGAAGUCUGUGGUUUGAGUUUUCUGGUGGGAUUUGAGGUCGAGUUCGGGGUUAUGAAGGUCUCUGCGGACUGGAGUGACAUUAUCCCACACAGCACAGGUUCGGGACGGUUCGCCAUCGGACAGCGAGAUCCGUGCUUCGCGCAUGUGGAGGAGUGUAUUUGUGAACUACAAUACGCUGGCAUCGAUAUCGAGUCUUUCCAAACCCAAGGCCGUCACCAGUACCAACUAUCCCUCCAUCCCCGCCCACCCCUACAAGCCGUCGACGAACUAAUACUGGUCCACGACCGCAUCAAGCGAGUCUUCGCUAAACACGGCUACAUAGCAACCAUGUGUCCCAAACCAGUAGCAAGUCGACAGCAAACAACAAGCCAGCACAUGCAUAUCUCCAUCUCCCCUCCAUAUGCGGAAUCGUCCUUCCUGGCUGGCAUACUCAAGCGUCUGCAGGCACUCUGUGCAUUCAGCUUACCUUAUGACCUCUGCUACGAGCGCGAGCAACCAUACCCCAACAGCGAAGUUGUCGCCUGGGGCACACAGAAUUGGGAAGUCCCCAUCCGCAAAAUCAAACCCGGCCAUUGGGAUUUUCGAUGCGUCGACGCAACGGCUAACAUGUAUCUCACAUUGGCUGCUUUUCUUGGUGUUGGCAUCCUAGGAAUACAGAAUGAGGAGCCCCUGGUGUGGCCGGAUACCGGCAUUCCUGGGCGGUUGGAUCCUGCUGCGUAUCUGCCGAGCAGUUUGGAGGAUGCGUUGUGUUUCCUUGAGGUGGAGGCGGAUGAGAUAGAGGAGAUUAUGGAAAGCAAGAUCGUCGACCGCUACAUAGAGCUCAAACGGGUUGAAUCAUCGCGCAUGAGGAAGAAUCUCGGGGAGGCAAGGAGAUUGCAUAUUGAGGUCUUUUAGCGGGAAUUGUGUUACUUCGACGCUCAAGUUUAGACAUGUUAUGACGCAUUUGAUAAUCCCUUACAGUAAUCUACUGGUAGUUUACUUUAUGUACUGUCAUCUGCAAGGAAUAUUCGC